AUGUCGCUCAAGCCCGCUUACAUGAUUCUCUUUGCCCUCGUGGUCCUCUUGGUCACGAUGAGCAACCUCCAGUCCCAGGUCGAGGCCGGUACCUGGUGCUUCUGUAACGACUAUGCUACCUCUUCGCAGAUCUGUUCAUCCUUGGCCGGCAAGUGGGACGGUGGCAGUUGCGGAUUUGAACUGGACGCCAGCGCGAAGCUUUUCCGGGGUACUUGUGAGAACAUCCGUGGCAAGGUCAACUGUUGGAACUAG